AUAUGUAUGUAUACAUAACUUUUGUUUUUGGAAAGUUUUUUAAGAACGUUAGGUGUCAUGAUUUUUGCAAAAUCCCUGCCGUUGGCAUGUCCAGAGCCUUGAUGUACAGAUUUAUUUACGCACACAUAUAUUUCAGCUGCGCAUGUGACUUUGGAAAGUUUACAGUACAUGAGGAAGGAAGACUUGAAAGAAGCCAUACCACCUCUUGGCCUUCGGAUGGAAUUCCGGGAGAAGCUCUUUAUGUGGAAAAAACGAGAGACGAUGAUACAAUUUCCGUGCCAUCUAAUGUGGGUGCUUGGCUAGAAACGAAAACAGAAAAUACAAAGCAAAUCCUAAAAAAGGAUUUGACAACUUUGCUUAAGGAUUCUGUGCGAGGCGAGCUCUUCUUAUGUCUGACUACAAAAAUAAAACACUUACACAUGCACAAAGAGAGGAUAUAAUUAAUAUUGUAUUGGAAGAGGUUAUUUCAAAGAAUAUUAAUCUUAGAGUGCAGGACUUUCCUUGCAUAGUGGACGAAAUAUGCUCCAUAUUUCCCAGUGAAGUUAAUAUGCAGGACUAUUACUUCAUUUCGAGGCAAGGAAGAAACAAUCCGUCUGGAAAGUUGUAUUCAAAGUAUAAAAACCAAAAAUCGAAGCACCGAAAGGUUGAAGGUUUAUCUGAGUCGUCUGAGAGCAAAGAUAAAAACUAUGCUAACAGAUCGCUUGUCCAAACUCCAGAAGUUGAUGAGUCGAUCUCCGAAGCAUAUAAAACAUCCUUAAACAGAGACUGUGCGGAUUGGGCCGAAGUUUGCGACAAAUGGAAGAAAACCUUUCAUUUAAGGCAGCGAGACCUAUGUAAUUUGAGUCCUUUGGAUUUUUUUCAAGCUUGGUCAAAAUUGUCACAUGCACAGGCUUCUGAUUUGAUUGAAAUUGAUUUUCAGUUCAUGUAUCCUGAGAAAACACAUUUAUUCCUUGCUAAGUGGGAAACUUUUAAAGCAAAAAUUAUUAAUUACUAUGAGAAAAACAUAAGCAACGAAUACUGUAGGCAAAUACCUGCUACAGCUAAAUCGUCAAAUAAUAAAGAUGUCCAGGACUAUUUAAUUACAAUUCUUCUAAAUGCUGUAUUACCUUCCGGCGCCAGAUUCAAAAGCGAAAGCGGUAAAAAAGCCAAGAAAGUAACUAUAGUUGAUUCUCAGGAAAGUUUGGUUUUGCGGCUCCCAACUUUGAAUUAUUACCAACGGCAGGUCAAUGCCGUAAUUAACAAAUACUACUCAGAAGGGUUAACCAUACAACCUUUUUUGAUUGUCGAAGGGCUGUCAGAUACAAAUAUAAGCGGUUUCUUUCUGUACCUUGAUAAUAAUUUGCUUAAGUUUAAUUCGUUCAUUCAAAGCAUAGAUAUUUGUUUUAAAAUAUUUCAAAUAAUGAAUCUUAAAUAUCCAGAAGCUUGUCAGGACCCCUGGCUUUUUAUUGAAAAUUUUUUUUUUCUAACUUAAACAAAGUUCGACUUCUAAUCGUCAAAUAUUACAUCACUUGUAAGCUUUUUGAACACUGCUUAGAAAAUAACGGAAAGAUGUAUACUUGUUUUCGUUGUUUAAAAAUCUUUGCAGCACCUGCAAUUUUGAUAGUUCAUUUUAAAAAAGAUCACUUAUUAACACGAAAACUGUUAAAAAUACAAUGUAUUCAAAACAACUGUAAUCAAACUUUUACUAAUUUUUCUUAUUUUCGCAUACAUUUUGAAAAUAAAUAAAACAGAUGACUUUCGCUGUGAAACAAGUGAAUUGGUAAAUAUCGACUUGUAGUGAGCUAGUUUCUAAGGGAACACGAUAUAAAGCAAAGUAUUAUUUGUCUAUAAAUAGAAUAGGUUUUGAAUUAUAUAAAAUUAAAUGUUUACUUAUCCAUAACGAAAAUGCUUUUGUACUUUG